UUUAAAUGGGACUUUUCAAUAAGGGAGAGGGAGGUAUCUCUUCCUAUAUCUGAUGGGGUGGGGGGGGUGGGGAGGAAGGGAUUUGGGGGGAAUCUUCCUGCUGCCCCCAAGUGUUUAUUUUUGAUACCAAACAUGUAUUUUCAGCUCCCUCCCUCCCAGCCCCGCAAUUUCCUGCGGGCGGGUACAAUGGACCCUUUAAGUGUCCCUGGAGUUGGGAGGGAGGAAUGGGGGACAUAAAGCCUGUCUUGUCUCAAUUCCAGGCUAAAGAGGGUGGGUUAAAAGACUCAUGAGCUAACCUCCUGUGAGCACCGGCCUGGGCCUGAGGACCUGGGGGUUGGUGAUUUGGGAGACAAUGCUGAACUCCUCUCCAAUGUUUGUUUUACUUCCCCAGAUGGACCUUUUUUUUCUAAGAGUCCCAGAGAAUGGGGGAUUGUUCCUGUAAAUAUAUAUUUUUAAAGGUGUUGCUGGAGGCUGCUGGCAUUUUUCCCCCUCCAUGUCUUCAUGACAAGCUGGUGAUAGGCAUACCUUUGUAUGAAGGGCAACGAGAGUGUGAAGCGGAGGUUGAUUGUGGAAAAAAUAGCGUGUGUCAGAAACAGUAGUUGAGACUGCUGAUUGGUAACCAGGUGUGUGUGAUAGAAAGUGUGCAAAGCUGUGAUUAUGUGUGUUAUAUGUAUGAGAGAAAAGCAGAAGUUGUGGCCACAAACUUUUGACAGUGUGCCUAUAUAAGAAAUUGAGGUUGUAUUUCAGAAACUCAACUAAGACUGGAUGAAAGGGGUUGGGAUAUAGCUGCAUGAUAGAGUGUGCUUGCCCAGCAUGCAUAAGGCUCUGGGUUCCAUCUUCAGCCUAGCCAAAAAAACAAAAUCCUGUACAAAAACUUGUGAUGAUCUACAUGACAUAUUGUUUGUGAGAGGGGACUGGACACUGCAGAUUGGUCAGUGUUUGACAAGCUGAUGCCAAGCAAGACAGAGUGAGUAACCAAAGCUGACUGUGAGAGACUGUGUGGACAGGAAACAGUGGGAGACUGUCAGGGACCAAGUAUAGGUGAGAGCCCUUACUGUGGGAAAGCAGGCAACUGACUGGUCAUGACUUGUGGAGUGAGACAUAGCUUGUGUGUGAAGCUAUUCAAGGCUGAAGUGUCAGCUAAACUCACAGGAGUGCCUGUGUGAGUUGGUUGUGUGAGAGAAAAUGGCUAGAGGGCUAAGAGAUACUGAGGUCCAAGAUAUGAACAUAUGUGUCUGAAAACUUUUCAUGGAGACUAGAAAAGACCAUAGGAAGUCAGAUGGCAGGGCCAGGGAUUUAGCUUAGUGGCACCCUGCCUACCUUGCAAACACAAGGUCCUGAGUUCCAUCCCCAGUACCGGGGGCAGGGGGGAAAAGAAAAUCAGAUAGCUGGAGCUGGGAGGCUCUAAUCGUGCGCAUGUACAUGUGAAGCUGAGACAAGUGGCACACUGGCUUAUAGUGUCCACUACUGCCUCUCCACAGGUUCUGGUGAGACUGAGGAACUGAAACAGAAUUGUCUAUGAGGGAGAGAGAAGCGAUGUAGGCUCCUUUUUGUUAAUUACAAAGAUUGUUUUUAUUUGUGGUGCUGAGGAAUAAAUCCAGGGCCUUGCACAUGUUAGGUAAGCAGUCUACCAUUGAGCUCCGACCCAGCCCACAAAAUUUUGCUUUUACAGCAGGCUCUAGAAUUUCACUCAUUAGGGCUAUGAAAAAGAGAAAAUAGGACUGUGGAGCUCAAUUUUACCUGCAAGAAAAGUGGACUGAAGAGGAAUUAUUUAUUAGCAGUGAAACAAAGCGCAUGUAAGAUUGUUUUCUGAGACCCACAAAGUAAAUUAAGAAUCAAAGACUAAAAUGACAGUUCUUAAAGUGUGGUCCCCAUGCCAGCAGCAUCAGUUGUCAGCUGGGAACUUGUUAGAAAUGCCCAUUCAGAAUCCAGGGUGUGGGACCCAACAACCUGCAAUUUUAUCAAGCCUUUUGAGAGAUUCUGAUGUACACUAUGGUUUAAGACCCACUGGGCUAGAGAUUGACAGGGAUAUCACCCAAGUAGGGUAGCUGGGAAAGGCCUCUGUAAAGGAGGUGAUGUUUAUUGUCUGUCUCCCCUUUUAGAGUAUAAGUCCCAGGGGGGAAGGCAAAAUUUUUGUCUGGUCUGUUCUCUGGCCAUCUAAUCCUGAGAGACACAUCUGUCAUCUGAUAGGUGCUCAAUGAAUGUUGAGCAAAUCAACAUUUGCCAGGCACUAUCCUAGAAACUUAUAAGUCUAACUCCUAAUCUUUACAACAAGCCUGACUUACGUUGUUGGUGCUGUCCAUGUGUAUGUUUUACAGAGACGGAAACAGGCUCAGGGUGGGAGUGGUACCUGCUCAAGAGUAAUCUGAAGGACCGCGGCCAAGGUGGUGCCUUCCUGUUCACCUCUGCCCCAGGCUUUGGAAGCAUCCUCAGCUGGGCCCCCAGGGGACCGGAUAUCCCCAGUUGUGUCCUGCCCCUCCUCACACCAACCCACUUCCUCUUCUUACUUCCCUUGUGCUGACCCCCCACACACACACAAACACAUGCUGACCACAGGGAAUCUCACUUUAGGAGAGAGGAGGGCAAGGUUCAGUCAGGAUGGAGAACAAGGCAAUUUUUCCAGUCGGUGCUUCCUCCACCCUGUAAGGAAGACUACUCUGAGUUUAGCACCACCAAGGAGUUGACCAUGUCAUUGUGGUUGAGAGUAUACAUUGCUACAGAUAAGGAAAUUAAGACUCAGAGGUCAAUGUGACCUUACAGUCUUCCUCCAAACUCCCAGGCUGUAUUGCCCCUCGCUGAGAAUUUGUCCAAAGAGCAUUGAAUGCUGAAAGGUUACUAGGUAGAUCACAGUAUGAGGUACUGGGGAUUGGGUGACAAACAAAACAGGACUAAAGGUGACACAGGAAAUGUGGAGGAGAGAGGAGGAGGCAGAGGGGCAAGAGAGGGUGGGACCUAAAGAAGCCUGCACCAGAGCCCUCAGUUCCUCCCAUGGCAGGGCAGGCAGGUUCCUCUUUCCAGCAGUGGGUCAGCUCAGAUCAAGCCAGGCCUCUCUGGCAGAGGUGCAGGGGUGUAGUGCUCAACAUGACUGCCCCAAUGCAGGCGCCUCAGUCACUGCUGCUGCUGCUGCUGCUGCUUCUCACCGUGCCGGGCACAGGCUCAGACCCAGUGCUCUGCUUUUCCCAGUAUGAGGACUCCACAGGCAGGUGCCAAGGCCCCCUGGGGAGAGACAUCAGUGUGGAAGACUGCUGUCUCAAUGCUGCCUACGCCUUCCAGGAGCGUGAUGGCGGGCUCUGCCAGGCAUGCAGGUCCCCACGAUGGUCACCAUGGUCCCCAUGGGGCCCCUGCUCUGUGUCAUGCUCUGAGGGCUCCCAGCUGCAACACCGCCGCUGCAUAGGCUGGGGUGGGCAGUGCUCUGAGAAGGCGGUUCCUGGGACCCUUGAAUGGCAGCUGCAGGCCUGUGAGGAGCAGCAGUGCUGUCCUGAGAUGGGCGGCUGGUCUAAAUGGGAACCCUGGGGGGCUUGCUCAGUCACUUGCUCCAAAGGAACCCGGAUCCGCCAGCGAGUAUGUAAUAACCCUGCCCCCAAGUGUGGGGGCCACUGCCCAGGAGUGAACCGGGAGUCAGAGGCCUGUGACACCCAGCGGGUCUGCCCCACACAUGGGGCCUGGGGUCCCUGGGGCCCUUGGAGUGCCUGCUCGAGCUCCUGCCAGGGUGAACCCCGUAAGCCUAUGGUGACACGAAGCCGCACGUGUUCUGCACCUGAGCCCUCCAAGGAGCCUCCUGGAAAGCCCUGUCCAGGAAUAGCCUAUGAGCAGCGGGUCUGCACUGGCCUACCGCCCUGCCCAGUGGCUGGGGGCUGGGGACCAUGGGGCCCUGUGAGCCCCUGCUCUGUGACGUGUGGCCUGGGCCAGAUCUUGGAACGACGGACAUGCAAUCGCCCUGUGCCCCAGCAUGGAGGCCCCUUCUGUAUUGGUGAUGACAGCCGGACCCACAUCUGCAACACAGCUCUGCCCUGCCCUGUGGAUGGAGAGUGGGAGGCCUGGGGCGAAUGGAGCACCUGCACUCGCCCACACGUGAACACCAUCAUCCGCUGUCAGGAAAGCCCAGGCCAGCAGAGGCGCACAAGGAGCUGCAAGGGCCGCAAGUUUAAUGGCCAGCGGUGUGUUGGGGAAUACCAGAAUAUCCGACACUGCUACAACAUCCAGAACUGCAUCUUUGGAGAGAAAGGCACAUGGUCAGAGUGGAGUGCCUGGGGGCUGUGCACACCCCCAUGUGAACCCAACCCCAUCCGUGUCCGCCAGCGCCGCUGCAUGGCCUUGCUUCCCAAGUUCUCGCCCACAAUUUCCAUAGUUGAAGGCCAGGGUGAGAAGAACGUUACCUUCUGGGGGAAUCCACUGGCACAGUGCGAGGAGCUGCAAGGGAAGAAGAUACUGGUGGAGGAGAAGAGGCCAUGUCUAAACGUACCUGCCUGCGAAGACCCUGCAGAGGAAAAGCCCUAACACCUCUCCCUCUGCUCUGACCUCCCAGCCCUCAAUAAACCAGCCUCACUGGGCUCUUCUAAAGAUUCCAUAAAGAAGGCAAAGUCACCUGGCCCCUUUCCCAGAAGUGGGGCGAUAGUAUCUUCUAAAGCAAAAUCUCAGCACCCUGUUGUGGAAAACAGUACUUUCCAUUGUGGUUAUAGCUUGGAAGUCGUGAAAGUGAGUGUCCAGCCCAGCAUUACUUCCCUGCUGCCCUAAGGCGGUGGGCCCCAGGGCCACCCAGCACGUCCUUCUGCAGAGCUCUGCUUUGUAGGUAUUUUGAUUGGCUACUCGCUCUGGCAGACUCUUCUUGAUUGGCCAUCCUGUUGGUUAUUUGCUGUCUCCCCGCCUCCUGAAGCUGUCCAGGUUCCCACCUACUGGAGCCUCCCUAAGGGCCAAUUCCUUGUCAACUAAGCCAGAACUGCAGCAGAGAGGCGUGGCUAGCAUUGGCACCCUGUGGCUCAAACACCUGCACUCACCCACUCACAACAUCCCAGCUCUAACACCACAAUUACUAAGGACAAAUAGCUCCCAGAGGCGGGGGUGGGGGGUGGCUGAUGAAGUGACUGUGAUAUGCUUUGAGCUGGGGCAGAGGCAAAGAGCUGCUGUAGUCUCAGCAUCUACAGGGAGGAUCCCCCAGGACAAACCCAGACUCAGAUUCCUUUCACAUGUGUCCAUUUCACCGAGCAUAUUUGCAUCGACUAUAGGUUCGAGCUUAGUCUAGGCAUCUGGGGUGGAGGAGGGCUGGUAGAAAAAGAGGACAUCUGGGCCAGACUCAGAAUAGGCAUUCCUUUAGUUUGAACAUUUAUUUGACACUUAACGCCUACUGUAUACUAACAAUAGUGCUGGACAUCAGGGGACAUAGGGAAGAAGAGAAAUCAGAGCAGCACGUGUCUCCACAGUCACAGUGAAGGGAACAAACCCAGACACCACUGCUCUUAGUAUUUGCUCAUUCAUUUACCACUCAUUGAAUGCCAAGCCCCUUGUGAUGGGGCACAUAGGAAUCAUAAUAAUUAUGGUAAUAGCUAACACUUAGAAAGUACUUACUGUGCCCCCAGUAGUGUCUUAAGGUUUUGUAUAGCAUGAGCUCAUUUAAUCCACAACAAACCAUGAGAGCCAGUAUUAUCCCCAUUUUACAAACUAAGACAUUUGGGCUGGACAUUUUUGAAGCACCAUUGUAACAUGGCCUUUAACAGUAGCAGGGUUCAUGACUGCAGUGGAUGAAGGGGACCCAUCUGUGCAGGAAGAUUUAGGAGGUAGAUUUGUGGUGCCUGGUGUUUUGUCAAUAUGCUCAUUGACUUCUCUGGGCCAAUUUCCCCUUAUGUAAAAUGAGCCAGUUGAUGGGAUGAAGUGAAGAGAAGUUAAUGAGUACUUGGGUUGUCUUGGGAAGACUGAACCAAAGAGGGUUUCUGGUUGCUACUACAAGAUGUAAGAGAUAUGUGUUUGCAAGAAGGUGGAAGUUCAGCUGUAUAUGUAUGUGUAUUAUGAGGUAUGUAUCUGUGUGUGGAAUGCAGACUGGUGGAGCUUGCAAUAAUGAAGGAUGUAUUGAAUGUGUAUGGAGAGUAUGUGAGGUUACAACUCUGCCAUAACUGUAUGAGUUAGUAGGUGUGUGUGCACACAUUAAGGUGGCAUGGUGGAUGUAUGUGUUAUAAAUGUGAGUACACUACUGAGUGAACAUGUCAUGGUAUGUGAUUGAAUCACUGUGUGUGCACGCGCGCACACACACACACAUAUAUAUCACUCUUGGAGGCCUUCUGCACAUCCAUUCAUGCUGAAGAAGAUGGAGACAGUGCAGAAGAGCCUUGCCUUUGCCUUGGGGAUCAAAAUAUUCUUGAGGGACUCCUCUACAAAAAUAAAUAAACAAAUAAAUAACAAUUCCUGGAAAUUGAGCCACCUGGAAAAAGAGGAAUGUGUUGGAGAGCACAUGUACUAGUAGCCUGGGAACUGGAUACCUAGGAAAAGGCACAGUCUACAGACAGUCCCCAGGAUCCUGAAUUCUGGUCCAGAGAAGCCAGAAAGAUCUGUAGACCUGCAGCUGCUCCCAUCCCCCAGAGAGGUCAUCACAGACCUGGCAAAGUUUGCUUGCUUCUGUUAGUAAGUAACACAUUUUUUUGAUUAGUAAUGGAAGCACAUAUUUCAAAACAUUGGAAAACACCCAAUUUGUGGGGCAUUUCCUGUUUGGAAUCCUGGAGGGAAGAGGAAGGACUAGCCAAAGCAAAGGCCAGCAGAUGGGAUGGAAGGUUGCUGGGAUGCAGGGGAGUAAGAGGAUGGUUUGAGACGUGUUUAACUUGGGAACCAUGGGCGCCUAGGGUAAGUGGAGAUAAAUCUGGGAGUAGGGGUUCCUGGAGUCUACAUCCAAGGCAGAGAGGGAGGGAGAGGCAUCCCUGACAAAGGUUACAGGACAUUCAAAGGUACCAUUUGCUUAGA